AUGGUGCUGGUUGUUAGCUCAUUCAUACUUAUCACUUCCCAGCUCCGAGCUCCAGCAAAUAUGUCGAUGGUCGUGCCCACAAGUUCCAAGCUCCUCCUCUUCCACCUUUACGCCAGCUGCUGCUUGCUCCUCUCCUACCAUGCUGUAGCAGGAGCCGCUGCCUCGCCCUUCUCCUUCAGCUUCGACUUCUCCAACGGACCAAGCUACAGCUCAGAUGACCUCCUGUUCCAGGGCGACGCUGGCCUCCACGAUGGGCUGGUUGACCUUACCUGUAACUCCUUGGCGCACUCCAUCGGCGGUUGCAAGGGACGGAUGUCGUACAAUCACCCGGUGCCGUUCUACGACAACACCACCGGCGUGGUGGCGAGCUUUUCCACGCGGUUCCACUUCGCCAUCAGGAUCGUCAAUACCAACGGUGGCGCCGGCGACGGCAUGGCUUUCUUCCUCUCCAGUUACCCGUCCGUGUUGCCGGGAUCUGGUGGGGAAACCCUCGCCCUCCAUGAUGGCGACGGUAUGAACGCCGUGGGCACCAACCGGAUAAUCGCCGUCGAGUUCGACACAUUCCAAAACUUAUUUGACCCCACUAGCUCCAGUCACAUUGGCAUCGACAUCAACACUGUCACGGCCUCCGUCAACACAACAAGCCUGAACGGCUCCAUGAACGACUCCAUGACGGCGUUCAUCACUUUCGACAGCACCACUCGCAUGCUGGUGGCCUCUCUGCAAUUUGAUGACAAUCCUUCUCGUGGCCCCUAUGAGGUCAGUGCACAGUUAACCGAUCCCGUCACGGACUUGCUCCCGUCAGAGGUAGCGGUGGGGUUUUCUGCAGCCACCGGUGCAGAAGUCGAGCUCCAUCAGAUUUUGUCCUGGUCCUUCAAUUCAACGCUACAUGCUCGCAAAGACAAUCAGAAACUGGUUAUUGGAGUUGCUGUUGUGUGUGCGGUAGUCCUGGUUGUAUCCUUCCUGGUUUGGUUUAUUCUGUCCUGGUUGAGGUGGAGGCGCAUUCGUGAUUCCUUCUCAGCGGGAACAAAUGGCCUUAAGCGAUUCAGGUACAGUGAUUUGGCUGGCGCGACAGGAAGAUUCUGCAAGCAGAACGUACUUGGAGAGGGUGCCUUUGGUGCAGUAUAUAAGGGAAGCUACACAGAUGAGAACGGAAAACAAGAAGUGGCGGUUAAGAAAAUAAAGAAGACUACAUGCGAAGCCGGGGAUUUCAUCUCCGAACUCAAGACAAUUAGUGCAACGAGGCACAUGAAUCUAAUCGAGCUGAAAGGGUGGUGCUGCAGCCGGAACAUAUACAGCUUGACAGAUUUUCUGUGUUGGUGCAGGCAGCCAAGGGUUAAACUCUAUCUUGUCUAUGAGUUGGUGCAUAAUGGUAAUCUGGAUGACCACCUACACCGCAUGGAGAAUAUUCUACCGUGGGAAAAGAGGUAUCAAAUAGUGAAGGGCAUAGGGUCUGGACUUCGUUAUCUUCACCACCAAUGCAAGGAUCACAUCUUACACAGAGAUAUCAAGCCAAGCAACAUACUACUAGAUUAUCAUUUCAACGCCAAGCUCGCUGACUUUGGGCUAUCUAGGGCCACCAGUGAAAACAAUACAACAUUGAUGACAAUUGCUAUAGGAACAGAGGGGUACAUGGACCCACAAUGCAGGAAGCAUGGGAAAGUUCAGUUUAGCCGUAAGUCCGAUGUCUACAGCUUCGGAAUCGUUCUGCUAGAGAUCGCAUGCACAGAUAAGUCCAGGGAGCAAGUCUGGGAGAUCUAUAGGGGGAGCGCCACAGAACUUGAGGUCGUGAAGGCUGCCGCUGACGGGAGUUUAGAUGGUGUCUUCGACGUGACGCAGAUGGCUCGUGUGAUACUCCUGGGCCUCAAGUGCUCUCACCCAGAUGGGAAACGACGUCCUUACAUGGAGGAUGCAAUGAAAUUCCUGGAGGACGGCAUAGAGCUGCCUGAUACAACCGAAAUAGAGGGCCAGCAAGGUGAAAGAUUCCUGGGCACCAUUAGCUCUGACGAGUAUGCACUUUUAUCACCUCAGCUGCGCAGCUGA